ACUAUAGACAUGAACACUAAGGUGAAUAAAAAGGUGAAACUCAAGCCUGCAACAGUUUCCAGUUUAAAUUACCCAUUAUCUUCCAAUUCCAAUAGAAAAUCAGAGUCGGAUCUAGAUGUUCUUUUAAUGAUAAUCGCUGAUGUUGAACGUUUAUUUCCGGAGCAUCCUGAAAUGUUCAUCGAAAGCAAAGAGGAUAAAUUACAAAUGAUAGAAAUCUUGUAUCGCUAUGCAAAGUGGAUAAAUGAUUCAAGAGAGGCAGCAGGAAAAAAGAAACUAGGUUAUGUCCAAGGAAUGCAUGAAUUAUGUGGUGUCAUUUAUGCUGUUCUUAAAGUCGAGCUAGUAGAUAACAAGAAGAAGGAAUACACUACUGAAAACUCAACCAAAAGCAACAUCGUUGAUGGAGGGGAAGAUAUCACUGAUUUAAGCAGAGCCACCUCCAAGACUAAAACCUCAAGUUCAGAACAAGCAGACUCUUUAGUUUCUGGUAAAAUCAACGAAAAGCUAGAAAUGCAGAUCAAAGAAUUUCUUGAUAAAAACUUUUUUGCACACGAUGUAUUUGCCAUGUUCAAACAACUCAUGUCUCCUAUUAUCGAUAAAUAUUUCACUGCAUCGGGAAUCGUCAGGGAGAGUAUAGUGUUUGAUCUUAAACUUCAUCAUCUCGAUCCAGGAGAUGCAAAACAUCCAGGUUUGGCAGCAUCAUUUAAAGAAUCUCAGAUAGAAUCUCAAUUAUGGCUCACACGAUGGUUUAGAAUGAUUCUUACCAGAGAAGUGGGUCUAGCUUAUGCAGUUCGUAUUUGGGAUGGCUUAAUUGCAUACGCAUGUGCGGGCGCAAUGGCAGACACAGCCACUAAUGGACAUGAUGUAUCAGCACUUUUGCCUUAUGUAAUUAUCUUAUUGAUACUCAGGGUAAGAUCUGCUUUAUUGAAAUCUCUGGUUCCAUGUUUGAAGAAGGCAUUUGACGAGGAGAAUGAGAUCGAUGAUGAUACCGAAGCUCUUUCUUUACUGUUACAUUAUCCUUCCCACAACAAAAACUCAUCCUUUAGUAGAUCGACGUCGGCAGAUUCAGACUCAGAUUCGGAAAAAGAACGUCAACCGAUAAUGAUGUAUCGGAAGACGAGAGAUAAGAAAAACAACCUCAAUACACACAGAAGCCAGCUCACCAAGGCCCUCCAAAUACCAAAACUACCAUCUGCUGUGGACCUAUUCUCCGAUGCAGCGCAUAUAUGUGGCUUGACCGAUAGUGAAUUAACUCAAAUUGGGCCAUCUUUGAUUGAAAAAUAUUCCGGUGGUGACAUAUAUGAAGCUUUGGCAGCCUAUGACAAAAGCAAGCCUGCUGCACCAUUUAUUGAUGGUGUUCUGAAGCAUACUAAAGCUUGGAGAGUUUCCACGGCCACAAAUAAAGAAACAAAGCUAAAAUUGGAGAAAAAACUCACUCCAACAAUAUUGGACUCUAACAGGACAAGGUUGGAGCUGAGGUUGCAAGAACGUGUUCAGAAUCGGUUGAGGGAUCGAUCACAUGGAUCGUUGAAUGGCUAGCAAUUUUAUCCACUCAUUCUUUCUUUGAUUUGGCCCAUACUCCUAUAUUCCUCUCUUCAAUUUCUUUUACCUCAUGGACAAGUACCGAACACAGCCUCAUAGAUACAGAGAGUG